AUCUGACCUAAAAUUCACCCAUGUAGCCAUCGUAUCCGAUUUGCUUGCAGCAGUCGGUAUCUUCCCCCUUGACGUGCGUGGCUGGCCGGCCAUUUGCGCAUUUGCCUUCCGUUCACUAAAGUAUUUUCUCGUAAUGGCCGCUUGUCCCGGCACAACCUCCGCUUCCCAACUCGCAUCGGCCCAGGUUCCUACAAUAAUGACCUCCACCGCGCCAGAGCAGCCCGUACACGACACUGAGACCAUGUGCCGCUAUCCGAGCAAGAAGUGCUGGAACCCGCGCGCCCUCAAGCGCAACGGCGAGCGUCACAAUCUGUGCGACUUCCAUCGCCAAAAGGCCAAUAAGAACCAGCGCCGUCUGGAGCUCAAGCGCAAGGCUCGUGCGCAGGCGUCGGCUGACGCUGAGUCUCUCGGUAAGCGGCUGCGUGCUCACAAGAAGCCACGCCAGCGUACGCGUCGCGCCCCGCUCAGUGCCCACUUGGCCAUGAAGGAAGAGGCGCGUGCCAAGCAACAGGCCGAGGAGAUCAGCAGAGCCAACACGGCCGCAGCUGCUGCCUCUUCAUCGGGUCUUACCAGCUGGUUCCUCCAGGAUCUUGUGCUGCUAGAUGGCGUCUACGACCGAGCAGGAUUCCAGGCUAAGGAGGAACAGCCCUCGUCUCCAAUGACGACCUCCGUUGAGCUACAGCGCCUCCCUGAUGUAAUGGACCAGGAGGUGUUAGACCACAUUCUACAGGACGGACAGGUAGACGCUGCUGCGGUCUGCAAGAGCUUGGACACGACUUUAGGACUAGAAGCUCUGGGGUCGCUGCCCGAGGGCAAGACGUCCCCUGUGGACGUAGGCGAGAGCUGGGACAGCCUGGACUUCGGUGACUACUGGCUUACAUCCGCUCCGGUUGAUCACCCGAUCAUGAGCUCUGAACCCUCCGUGUUCGGCGUGGAUGAAGAUGUGUUCGUUGCGGACGUGUGAGCACGUCGCCGCCGCACAACUCUCCUAUUUAUUUUGCUGUACAAAUUAGGAAGCAGGCAAUCCGUUGAAAUAAAUGCUCAUGCUUUCCAAGCCCUUUCUACUGGAUCUUAGUCGUCCUAGUGCUGUCGCAGCAAGCCAUAGCUCGAGCCAAGGCACCAGCGGUCUGUCACAAAGAACGCUCGCCGCAGGGGCUUGUGAUGCAUCAUAAGAACGUCUCCACUAAAAAUACGGCUGCUUCAAUGCAUUAUGCAUUUACUGUCGUGAGUUUAUUCCCUAUUGGUCUCUAAACGCUCUUCGUGCUGAACCAGUACCAUGCCGAACAUUCGCGGGGCAGCAGGAUCUACGAUCAGCAUGCCCGGUUUGAUAAUCGGCUGCGUGUUGGUGGCGUUCGUCGUCUUGGGUUUCCUGCAGCAGCACAUGCACAAGCGCCAGCGGCGAACACGAUAUCAUCCUUCCCUCCAACUUCAACAGUCAAGUACAGGAGUACUCGAACAACUUGAAAAGCGCAAAGAAGACCUUCGACGAUAUAUCAACAAGCUGAAAGAACAACUUGCCGUUCGAGAAGAUCAACUACGUUAUCAUGACGAACUCGAAGAGAUCGUGACGUCUCGAGUGGAAACCAGUCACCGGGACGAAAAGGAAUGGAAAAAACUCAUGAAGGCAGGCAAAAAGGUUCACGGAGGCAAUUGGAAUACCUCCAUUGGAGACGAACCUUCACUCAGGGAGCUGAUGGAGUUGCACAAGGAGGAACUGCUUGAAUACAAGCGAUCGCUUCAAGACCAGCCAAAAUCAAGUCGUCCGUCAUCAUCUCGAGAGCGGAAACCGGCAGGAGAUUCGUCAAAAGUUAACCUUCCGCUGCUAAAGUUGCAGCCAGUUGCACCGCUUCCUGGAGCAAAGCUGAAAUCCAAUCAACCGAAGUUGAUACCAUCUCAAUGGCAAUCCACUCGCGCCAAGGCGGGUUCACAACUGUCAGCAGCGGUUCUUGCCCAGUCUGAAGUCCUGGAAGAUGAAUCCGAUGUGUCACCACCGGUUGUCCCAGCGUUAGACUUCAGCAGACUCACGGGUAAACCCACCAUCGGUGUAUCUCCUGUAGAUGCACUUGAAGAGCCUGCACAAAAGCAAAAGAUGAAGAGUUUUGAGGCCAUGUUCCAACGACAGACACGGCUUGCAGCUAUGCUUCGAAAGAAGAAAUAGACAAAUCAACAGUCAAGGAAAGGUACAAAGCGUAAGAGAUUAAGGAGUGGCUCCAACGUAGCCAAGGGGUUCACUACGCCUGGAUGCGGUUAAAUACACGCGCAUUAUCCUCAUUUCAGUCGCAUCCAGAACGGCAGUCAAGGCUACUUACUGGUACGCUCAAAAUGCCUUCAUCACUGUUCACGCAUCGGUUUUGGUCUUCUUGCUGGGUGGUCGUCGAGACUUCUUGGAGGACUUGGGGGUCGCGAUCGGCUCGCGGCUUCCCUCUGGCACCUUCUCCAGCACGAACUUCUCCAGGUCACGGAACGUCUUGUUGUCGAUGUGGUCGACAACAAUGUCCAGCUCGUCCGGCGAGCUCUUGUCCAGUGCCUUCGGACACUGCUCUUCAAGCAGCUGCACGAUGGCGCCCAGGUCCUUGGGGUUGACCUUGUAAAUGUUCUGGCUAAAGUAAAUCUUUUCCUCGAGACUCGGGGCUCUUUCCAGCAGCACAGAAAGUUAGAAAUUCCAGCAUCCAGUACCUCAUCUAACCAGUAAUAUACCGUACGGAAUGCUCUUGUCUGCCUUGGGCACCGGACCC